GAAAAAAAGAAAUAAAAAGAACCACGCAUUUUCUUAAUUUCUGAAAAUGUUACCACAAAGACUUUCCAAGUCUUAUAUAACAGUUAAGCAUAUCUGCUAUUCUUCCAGUUACAGUUAUCUUUAUUAAAACAAUGGAAUUGAGAAGUUUAGAAAAUCUAACAUACUGUUGAUUUCAUUGAGCUUUACAAUACAAUAUUUUACUACAAUGGUAUUAUUAUAUGUGUUUUAAAUACAAUUCAUCAAAAACUGAGAGCUUCAUAUUGAUAUUAUUCAAUUUAGGGAUAAUGACCAUGAAAUCAAUUUCAAUAAAAUUUGUAUAUUUAAAUCAGUUUUUAAAAACUCCUGCCAUGUCUUUAAAUCUAAGACAAAUAGAUAAACAAAGUAAUUUUCCUGUAUGUGGGUUGCUGAGAUGAUAUAAAACAUCACUGCCAAUGAUACUCUUUAUAGAUAGUCUUUUAGUUUUUCUGUCAUGGGACUCUCUCCUUCAGGAGGAUGCAUUUUGUGACAAUACUUUCAUGGUGCACUAAGAACAAAAAGAAUAGAUGUUAAAAAUUCGUGUCAUCAAUCUACUAUAUAUCUGAUUUCAAAACAUCACUGUAUUGGCUAAAAUCCAUGUCUAAUGCCAUCAUUUUCCAUGAAAAGAAAUAUGUACUAUAUCUCAGAGUAUGACAAGAAGUCAAGCCAUGGGUUUGAAGUGUCUUCAUUAAAGAAAACUACAGGAUUCAUGAAAAACAGUAUUUCAAAUUGUCCUUAUGUUUUGGAAGUUUGCUUUCAUUUUUCUAAUUGGGGCAAUUCACAUAGUAAUAUGCAAAUAGUAAGAGGAAUCCUUAGUUUUGAAAAAUGUGAGAAAUGGGAUUGUGAGAGUGCUAGGUGGAACACAGACCUGGAAACACUCUUCAAACUCAGAAAAUGAUCAGAUGGAUCAAUUUUAGGAAAAUAUGUAUAGGUCGUUGAGAAUUUCAAAAGUGAUUACCUGUAACUAAUUACAUCGAUGGAGUUCUUGAAAUGUUGGGUAUAUCCAAGAGCACAAACACCAGACAGUAGUUUGAACACUGUUGGUUUAGGAAGAUGUUAUACGGUCAGAAAAGGAGCAGACCUGGGAGAGGUCCUCGAGGCAAUCCCAUUUAAUGGUGUCUGUCAUUGAAUAAGGAGUAUGAUAUCUCAGCACCCUUCAGUAGCUUUGCUUUUCCUCACAGGGUCAUAUGUGUGGCACAAUAUAAAAUGCAGCAUUUAGUCUCAUUCUGUCAGUGAUUCUGUGUGUGACUUUGGGCAAGUUGGAUCUGACUAUGCCUCAGUCACCUCACUCAUAAAGUUACACAACUAUACCAGGCUCACUUAUUUUUAUAAAGAUGAAAUUUGUUAAUAGUUGUAUUCAGGAUAGUACCAGAAUAUAGGAAGUGGUCAAUAAAUGUGAGAAAUUAUUAUUUUCAGUAAAAGAGUUCAUUAUCCCCACCCCUUUCUGGUAUUUGUCAGAACUCUGGUGUGGCUUCAGCCCUUAUGCCCUCCAGGAAGGAGUUUUUGAGUAUAAGACAGGCAAAGUUUAUAAGACCUAUCCAUAUAUUUCACUAAGGCAAUGUGAUCCCUGGCUCACAGAGCAAUGCUUGGAUGUAUCAUAUAAGGCUCUGAAAUUCAUCAUGAACUCUGGAAGUAAUCACGUUAAAUUAUAAUAAUAUGUACCAAGUUGUGAUAGUAUUUUCCCCUGUUUAUAUCUCCUAGGAGUUAUUAAUUGUUUGAGUCUCAAGUUGUAGUUUUCUCGAUAUCAUGUUGAUGUCCCACAGAGAUCAAUGAUGAUUUGGAGAAGCUUAAGAAAUAUGGGCCCCAGAGAUACCCACACAAAAACAUAAAGCCUAAAACGUUUUCCAUCAUAGCAUCUUCAGAAAUAGGGGAAGCAAUAUCUAUCCCACAGUUUGGUUAGUUGGACUACACUCUGGUUUUUGGGAAUGGGCAUGAAUGACAUUUUCUGGGAUCUGGAUGCUUGCUAUUUUUUUCUUAUGGGAUAAUUUGUUAUAGCCUUGUGUAAGAGAAGGAGAAAUUGUAAGUGAAGGCAGUGGUAUUAGACACAUUUUUAAAAAUCUGUAUUUAGCUUUCUCUUAACUAGAGAGUGUUUUAAGAAGUGCCAUGUUUUGAGCACUCAUUUAUGAAAAUAUUUUCCAUUUCUAUAUUGAAAAAUAAGCUUAAUGGAAAAUGAGAACAGUUUAAUCUGCAGAAUCAAGUAUCUUGUAAUAGUAUUAGUGUAAGAGGGAAAAGAAUGUCAAGAAAUUGGAAAGAAUGCUUGAUUUCUCUCUCCUUCCCUCUUUUUCCUUUCUCACAUUAACUCCUUCUAUGGAAUGUGGUAAAGAGAGCAUGGAGAUUUUCCUGAUAGUCACUCUGAUGCUGAGAGUGGUAGUAAGUUGUCCUCAGGACUGCUCAUGUGGGAACACAGACAUGGAACCACCUCGGAAGCAGAAAAGAGAGGAACUAUUUUGGCCUUGUGCAAAGCACUUUGAAAUGUCUCUUCAUAGAGACAGUCAAAAUGGAAUUUGGGAUCAUACAAUGGAGAAUAACUACUAAUAUUGUUCUCCCAUCUCAAUAAAGUGGGGACAUGGCCAAGGAGAACUGCAGCACUGUGGCAGAGUUCAUUCUCCUUGGAUUAGCAGAGGUCCCUGAAUUGAGAGUCUUCCUCUUCCUGCUGUUUCUUCUCAUCUAUGGAGUCACAGUUUUGGGCAACUUGGGCAUGAUUGCACUGAUUCAGGUCAGCUCUCGACUUCACACCCCCAUGUGCUUUUUCCUCAGUCACUUGUCCUUUGUGGAUUUCUGUUACUCCACAAUCAUUCUGCCAAAGAUGCUAGCUAAUAUCUUAAAUGAAGACAAAGCCAUUUCCUUCCUGGCGUGUGCUGUGCAAUUCUACUUGUUUUCCACAUGUGUGGUAACUGAGGUCAUCCUGCUGUCUGUGAUGGCCUAUGACCGUUUUGUGGCCAUCUGUAACCCACUGCUGUACAUCGUCACCAUGUCCAACAAUCUUUGUGUGGAGCUGGUGUCCUGCUGCUACCUCUGGGGGACUGUGUGUUCACUGAUUCACUUGUGUUUAGCUCUUGAGAUCCCAUCCUAUAGGUCAAAUGUGAUUAACCACUUCUUUUGCGAUCUGCCCCCUCUCUUAUUUCUUGCUUGUUCUGAUGUCACUAUGAGUGAACUGUUGCUAUACAUUGUGGCCAAUUUCAAUGAAAUCAUCACCAUCAUGAUCAUUCUCACCUCUUAUUUCUUUAUUCUUAUCACAAUCCUGAGGAUGCGCUCUGCAGAGGGAAGAUGCAAAGCCUUUUCCACCUGUGCCUCCCACCUCACAGCCAUCCUUCUCUUCCAUGGAACAAUCCUUUUCAUUUAUUGCCGACCCAGUUCUGGCAACAGUAUGGAUACUGACAAAGUAGCCACGGUGUUCUACACUGUAGUGAUCCCUAUGCUGAAUCCUCUGAUCUAUAGCUUGAGAAACAAGGAUGUGCAAGAAGCUCUCAGAAAAGUGGUGGGCUCCAAAAUAUUUUCCUAGAGAAUAUUUUAUUAACAGGACUCAGUGUCCCAAAGUGGAGACUGGUGAAAGGGUACAGCGAUGGACUUCAGUGUUGAAGUGUUGAAGUGGAGGUAACAGUCAAGCAGCAGGUAGUUAUGAGUGAGUCUUUUUGAUUCACUUAUCUGUGUGCCUCUUCCAUGUACAAGGGUAGGAUUCAGCAUAUCUUGGAAUUUACAGAUUACUUCUUUGCUGUUAUUUAUUCAAAAUGAAUUAAUUGAGUAUGGUUAAUGGACUCAAGAUACACAUAUCAUUUGCUGUAAAAGCUUCAUAAGCUUAAUGAAGAAAUCACAAGAGUCACAUUUUAUUUCAGUAUUCAUUAAGGAAAAUAUGAUUCAAUUCCAAGUUGAAUUCCUAUUAUUUUACAAUGAAGAACACACCCUUGUCAGAUUAUGCACAGAAUGUGUACAUAUCCUGUUUGCUAUUUCUUGCUUUCUUUAUUAUUUUUUGUUGUCAUUGCAAUGUCCAGUGUUUUUGGAAUUUCAGAGACUAUGAUGAAAAAUGAUGACAUUAGUAAUAAUUAUUUCACAGAAAUCUUAGAAAAAUUAUAUUACUUGUCAUGUGCAAUGAGCUUAGAGUAAUUCCUGGCAUAUAACUAGCUCUCUGUCUCUGUCUCUCUGUCUCUCUCUGCAUCACUCUGUCUCUCUCAUAUGUUUUACUAUAUGUAGUAUAUUUAUAUAUACUUGCAAUCAUUUAAUAACCAUUGUUAUGACUGGCAACAUUUCUGACUUCGGCCUAUUGUUUCACUUUAUCUUUCAAUUUUUAUCUUCAUGCUUAUUUUACAAUAUUGUGGAUCAAAUGACUACUGUGACAGAUAAGUGCACUUCUAACCCCUGUUUAUGUUUUUGGUUGUGUCUUUACUGUUGAUGAAAUGAUCUUUUUCUCCUUUUCUCUAUGUGUCUAAACCACAUUUCUUCUUUCAAUCCUUAUUCACACACACUCUUCAGUAUUUGUGAAGGAGGUGAGGAAUGGUCGUAAAUAACUGAAGUCCAUUAUAUGAAUUACUGAAUCAUAGAAAUGUAGAUCCAGCAUUAAACUUUACUUCUAUGUUUUGUCUUGGGUCAAAUAAAAUGAUUUAGUCAAAGCACAUAAAACAGCAAGAAAAAGUGUAAAAAGAAACAUCUUCUCUAUAAUAAUAUGUUUAUAUUAGACAGGAAACAUUAUAAUGAUGAUUUAUUCAAAGGAUAAUUUAUUUCUGUGUCAAACUAAAAUUUAGGGACAGACUAGAAAAAAAGAAUAAUUCGAAAAAUAGAUGUAUUUAAUGUUCAAUGAUUUUUAAACUCUUCUCCGUGAGGUUUCUGUUCACUUUGCUCCUACUCCCAUUGGGUGUUAAUAUUCUUCAUAAUAAUUUACAAGACAUUUUACAUUUAAAAACAUUAACCUCAGAGAAUAAUAUCUGCACAAUUUGUUAAUGUCUUUUAAUGUUAUGUAUUUGGCAUUCUUUUUGAUAUUUAGCUUACAUUUUUUAUGUAGUUAUACUCAAUUAUUAGCAAAUUAAAAAAGAAUGUAGUGAAAAUGAAUCCUGCUCCGUUCUAUAUUUUAUCUCAUCGUUGUAUGAUUUUUAUCUUAAAUUUUAAUAAGUACUAAAUUUAUUGAUUUUUAUUUAUUUUGCAUAUGUUUGCUGAAUGAAUGAAAGCUUACAAAGGAAUUGUCCAACUCCCUUUCCCAAACUAUAUAGUAAUGUCACAGCACCAUUUAUUGAGUAUCCUUUUCUUCUCUCUUGUAUGUAAUAUAUCUAAUUUGUAAUGAAUGUAAUAUGUCUAUUAAAUAUUAAAAAUUAAAUAUUUU